GGUGAAUUUACAUUGCACGAAAAUUCUGUUCCACGUUCUCUUUUUCUCUCCUAAAUUAACAAUAGUAUAUUUUUUUUCUCUCAGCAGUGCUUCGGUAAAGUGAAGUCUGCAGUGAAUAAAGAUAUUUACAAUGUUGGCGACUAAAUCAAAUCUUCUUGUACCUGGGGUUAAAACAACCCUGGGUAGUCAACGAGGUAUGGCAACAUUAAAAACAAUAUCUUUACGUUUAAAAUCUGUGACAAAUAUUCAAAAAAUCACAAAAUCCAUGAAGAUGGUGUCAGCAGCAAAAUAUAAUCAUGCUGAAAGAGAAUUGAGACAAGCUAAACCACUUGGUAUUGGUACCAAAGCAUUUUAUGAACAAGCUGAAAUAGCACCAUCUGAAGCUGAGCCUAAAAAUCUUAUGGUUGCUGUUACAAGUGAUCGUGGUCUUUGUGGUGCUGUACAUACUGGUAUUGCACGUAAUAUUCGUGAUAAACUUCUUGCUGAUCCAAAAUUACGUGAAAAUACAAAAAUCAUAUGUAUUGGUGAUAAAUCACGUGCUGUUUUACAACGUUUAUUUGCUGAUAACAUAUUAUUUGUUGCUCAUGAAAUUGGACGUCGUCCACCAACAUUCGGUGAUGCUGCCAAAGUUGCAAGUCAAAUUAUGAACUCUGGCUAUGUAUUUGGAAAUGGAAGCAUUGUUUACAAUAAAUUUAAAUCAGUUGUUUCUUAUCAAGUUGAUCAAUUACCAUUAUUUGAUAAAAAUGCUGUUAUAUCAGCACCAAAAUUAUCAGUUUAUGAUUCACUUGAUGAUGAUGUUAUUCAAAGUUAUCUUGAAUUUUCAUUGACAUCAUUAUUAUUUUAUUCAAUGAAAGAAAGUGCAUGCAGUGAACAAUCAAGUAGAAUGACAUCAAUGGACAAUGCAAGUAAAAAUGCUGGUGAAAUGAUUGAAAAACUUCAGCUUACAUUUAACAGAACUCGACAAGCUGUCAUCACCAGAGAACUCAUUGAAAUUAUAUCUGGUGCUUCUGCUUUGGAAUAAAAAAAAAAAAAACAUCAUAAAACAUCAUACUUGGAAAAAUAAUUAAACAGUUGUUUAGUCGGUCAUAACAUGUACACGUGAGCUUUUAUUAAUAUUUGUUCCAAGUUCGUAAAUUAUAAUAACAAUUAGAAAAUAAAAAAUGAUGAAAAAUAAUAAUUUCAAUUCAACAAAUUAUCUACUUGUUAAUUAUUUAUUUAUAAGCUUGUUUUAUUUUUUUAUUUUUGAAGAUUUACUUUAAUUAAAGCUAUAUUCGAAUUUUUAAAUUAAAUAAAAAUUCAAUGAACAAAAGUUGAAAAAAAGAAAUGAAUAUCGUUGUUUCAUCUUCGUACAUCAUGUUUUUUUUUGGUUAGUUACAUCUUAAUUAAUUGAGCCUAAAUAAUGUCAUCAUUAAAAGUAAUUAAAUCUCGUAUUAAAUCAGUUGGUAAUACUAAAAAAAUAUCACAAACAAUGAAAUUAGUAUCAUCAGCAAAAUAUUCACGUUCACAAAAAGAAUUAAUACAAGCACGUAAAUUUGGUGUUUGUCCAAAAUUAUUAUUUGAUUAUACUGAAUUACAACCAAAUAAAUCACCAAAUUCACAAUUAUUUGUUGCAAUAACAAGUGAUCGUGGUUUAUGUGGUGCAAUAAAUUCUGGUUUAUCACGUGUUAUUAAUAGAACAAUUGAUAAAUUAAAUAAUGAACAAAAAAAUUUAACAAAAUUAAUUUGUAUUGGUCAAAAAAAUUAUACAAUAUUAUCAAGAUUAUAUUCAGAUAAAAUUAUAUUAGUUGCAUCUGAAGUUGGAAAAAAAUCAUUAACAUUUAUUGAUGCUGGUAAUAUUGCUCAAGAAAUUAUGAAAAUUAUGAAUAUUUUUGAAUUUUCAAGAACAAGAAUUUAUUACAACAAGUUAGUUAUUAAUAAUUUAAAUUAUAUAUUAAUUAUUUGAAUUUUUUUUAUUAUUUUUUUUUUUCAUAAUAAUUCAUUUGUUUUGAUUUGUUUAUUUAAAUAUUUGCUGGAUAUUUAUUGUAGAUUUAUUAAUGCUGCUACAUAUAAAGUUGAUUAUCUUGAUUUAUAUGAUAAAAAACAAAUUAAUUCAGCACCAAAAUUUCCAUUAUAUGAUGGUAUUAAUGAUGAUACUAUUGAUUGUUGGCUUGAAUUUUCAAUUACAACAAUGAUUUAUUGGAUAAUUAAAGAAUCAUCAACAAGUGAAUAUGCAGCACGUAUGACAUCAAUGGAAAAUGCAACUAAAAAUGCAUCAGAUAUGAUUAAAAAUCUUUCACUUGAAUAUAAUCGUACAAGACAAGCUGUUAUUACUGGUGAACUUAUUGAAAUAAUAUCUGGUGCAAGUGCUCUUAAAUAGUACACUUGCAUUAACAUCUUAAAAUAAUUAUCAACAGUUUUUUUUUUUUUU